GUCCUUAUAUAGAUCUCUAUUAGGGUUCAGUUUUACUAGAUCCUAGUUUUUAGUUGCCGUGGCCGAGAAAUUAAUCUAGGAGGAUCCGGGAGCAUAUUCCUCGUUUCAGUGCACCAUAGUUUGCAUCCAUCCAAAUACAAGUUGCUCAUAUCAAACAUGGUCAUGAGAGGAAGGACAUUCAUCCUCAUUACCUGUGUCCUUGGAGAGUUAUUUGGCUUGGCUCUCUUCCUCAAAGGAUUCUUCCCCUUGAAGGCUGCAAUCCCUGGACAUGCCACUUUCAGGAACCUCCCCGGCGAGCCAACGGCUGCAAGUGACAAUUGGAAGAGGAAGGACUACGACACCGAGAGCUUCGGGGAGGACUUCCUCCAGGCUGCAGUGGACUUGAACGAAGCAGAAGAAGAUGGAGAAGACCUCAAUAUUGAAUUGGCACCACCAGUCCGUCCAACGUUUGGCAAGAUAGUCAUUAUGCUGAUCGAUGGCUUGAGAGCUGAUUUUGUCAUAGGAGAAAGAGGUCCUGAUUUGAUGCCUUACACAAGAGGUUUGAUAGACAAAGGAGAGACAAAGAGCUUUGUAGCCAAGGCCCAUGUUCCUACUGUGACCAUGCCUAGGAUUAAGGGCAUCACGACUGGGACCGUUCCUGGGUUUAUUGACUUUGUGAUCAACCUGGAUUCCAAAGCUCUUCAAGAGGACAACAUUAUCCUUCAGAUGUACCUGAGUCAGAAGAGGAUUCAUCUCUAUGGCGAUGAUACAUGGAUGAGAAUGUUCCCGGGCCAGUUUCACAAGACGGACGGAACCACAUCCUUCUUUGUGACUGAUUACACUGAGGUUGACAAUAAUGUGACCCGCAACGUGGAGCCUGCCCUCAAGAACUCCUCUGACUGGGAUGCCAUCAUCCUUCACUACCUUGGUCUGGAUCACAUUGGUCAUCUGGGUGGACCUUACAGUCCUCUGGUCAAGCCAAAGCUACGAGAGAUGGACAACAUUCUCAAGAAAAUUCAUCAAACUUUGCUGAAGCAGGAUGAUGAGAAUUCCCUGCCCUCGUUGCUCGUCCUCUGUGGUGACCAUGGAAUGAGUGAAGCAGGUAGCCAUGGAGGAGCAUCAAGGGGCGAAGUUCUCACCCCCUUGGUCUUCAUCAGCUCUGCAUACUCUGGAGGCAAAGGUAUGAAGGCAACUAUUCUCGAUGUCCUGCAAAUAGACAUGGCGCCGACCCUCUCCCUCCUCCUGGGCCAUCCCAUCCCUCAGAACAGCCUUGGUUGCGCAAUACCACAGGUCCUCAAUGGUAGCCUGGCCAUGCGUGAACAACUGAGGGCGCUGCAGCUCAAUGGAUACCAGCUCAUGGCCGUACAUCAGAAAAACGCAGGCAAAAGUGAUGAAGAUGCCAAACUAAAGCUGAUGCAGGCUGUGAGACUCCACAGUAGGUGGCUGAAUACAGAGACAUCUCUCACUUCUCAGAAUCAGUUGAACAUAGGUGAGAGGGCCGUGGAGCAGUAUGUGGUAGCUCUGCAUACCAUGAGAGAUAGGAUCACCAGCACGCUCUCUCAGUAUGACAUGCAUGCUAUGGCAUCAGGAAUGCUGCUACUCUGGAUGGUCUUCAUUUUGCUUGUUCUUGAGAUGGGCUCCUCCCAAGCCAACCGGCCCAGCUCCCAUCUCACCAACGCAGCCGCAGCCAUCCUCGUCUGUUGCCUAGUAACAAGUGUCAUCCAGAUCGGGAUGUGUAGUGGCCUUGGUGGAGAGAACAGGGAUGUCCUCUGCUCAGGAUCCAGCACAUCUCUAUUUCUUUUCUUGAUGUUUGUGAUGAUCUGUGGAUUCUGCAUGAUGGUGUUGGCAUUAACUCCUCUCAACGCUUACGCCCAUUUCAUUGAAACAAUCAAGAACCCUGCUUUAACCAUCACAGAAGUAAGCCUGAUAGGAGGCAGUCUUCUCCACACCUACAGCCUUGCCUCCAGCAGUUUUGUCGAGGAGGAGCACCAGACUUGGUACUUCAACACCAUGACCCUAAUGCUGGGCGUGUGUCUGUCCUGCUGUCUGUCCUGUAACAUGAGACUAAGCAGCAUUGCCUUCCUGUGCACAUGUCUGAUGAGGGUGCUGAGAGCAUGGAAUCAGACUGGUGUGGAGUGGGCCAAUCUAACAGACAUAGGAGACUGGUUUGUCAGGCCUGAAAAUAUAUCCUACCUCUCAGCUCUGCUACCAGUGUGCCUGGCCAUCAUCUAUGUCACAAUGGUUCUGGAUAGAAGAAAGCAUAUACCCUUCAUGAUUGUAUCAUUCAUUGGUACAGUGCUGUACAGGAAUGCAAUAGGAGCCAUCGUCCUACCAGUCACUAUUCCAUCGUCUCCCAAGGGAAUCCUAGAAGCCUGGUUCACCUAUGCUACCAUCAUCAUCUCCCUCCUUGCCACAGCAUUCAAGUGCGUCCGGGCCAUCAGAGCAGGCCCAUCAUCUCUCCCUUUCCCAGAUGGGACCAUGGAGAAUGGGACUGCAUCACCCCAUCAUCACCCUGGAGGCGUUGCAGGCAUCAUCUUGGAGGACUUCCACUCUUCCCUGCUGAUGCUGGUCGCUCUCAUCCUGAGGCCUCAUAACGGUGCAGUGGUGGCCAUCUUGGUAUUGCUGCAGUACUGUCUUCAUAGGCAUCUGUUACCAUGGUUACAGUGGAAGGUGUGGGUCGUGACCCUGGUGCAUGUGUGGAUGGGACAGGCUGCUUUUUAUGCUCAGGGUAAUUCUAACAAUGCAGCUAGCAUGGAUAUAUCAGCUGGCUAUGUUGGUUUGGAUGGGUAUAACCUCAUCCUAGCUGGAUCUCUCACUCUCAUCUCAACCUAUGCUGGUCCAUUGCUCUGGUUCACCAAGCUAGCUGGUUAUCUUACUACACAUCAUAUACAGAGAUUCUCCAGUGCCGUCGAGGAGUCUUGCUUUACUCUGGCCCUCAGCCGUGGCCUACCCAUCGCAGCCUACACAGUCCUUGCCACCAUUCAGCGCUACCAUCUCUUUGUAUGGAGUGUAUUCUCCCCCAAGCUUCUCUACGAUGGGGUCCAUACAAGCUUGGUGUGUGGUCUGAUCCUACUUGUGUUGGCUCUCAGCUGGACCUACGACCGGGUGUCUAGACCACAGAAAGAGGAGCUUUAUUCCAGAUAACAAAGUUAUUCAGAAGAUUCUAUUUAUUGAAAAUUUAUCAUUCAAAAAGAUUGUUAUUCAGCGCUAUCAUCUGUCCAUAUGGAGUGUAUUCUCUUCCAAGCUUCUCUACCAUAGGGUCCAUACAAGCUUGGUAUGUGGUCUGCUCCUACUGGCUCUAGCCGUCAGCUGGAUCUACGUCAGGGUGGGUGUGUUGAGACAACGUCAAGAGGAGCUUUAUUCCAGAUAACAAAGUUAUUCAGAAUACGCUAUUUAUUUAAAAUUUAUCAUUCCGAAAGAUUCAAAUGUAAAUAUUAGAAUGAUAUGCAUAUAUUUAAAAAUUCUAAGAAUCUUUGGUGCUUAAAAUUGUUUUAAGACUUUCCUUUUUCUUGUUCUGUGCAGUCAGCUCUUUGCAAAUGCAGACGCAUGUACAUUAGGUGAACAGAGAGAAAAACCUCUACAAGGUUUCUAGAUGUGUGAGAAGUCUCGUGAAUUGAUAUUACACCAUGACAUGGUGAGUCUAUUGUGCAAUAUAUGACUGAAAUGGAGGAAACUGUUGGCCCAUUCAUACGUACCUCGACUUGAAAAGAAUCUUACAAUGAAAGAGAUUGAAUAAAGAAACAGAAAAGAGACUGUGGCACUUAAUAUCCAAUGAUUUAUCAGCUCAUUCACCACAUCAAAUACUCAUCUGUUUUCUCUCCAUUUAAUUUCUGGUAUCCAUGAAUCAGUAGUGGAGUCAUGAUUUCGCUUGUUUUUCCUUGUUAAUAUGAAAACUUUAAAAUCUCCUCUUUGCUCUUGUUAAUAUGUUUUUUAUGGUUUUAUAUUUUCUGUAAACAUUUAAUGAACCUUUACUCAAACUCUGUUUUUUUUUAAAUCACCGUACAAUCUCAUUCAUAUACAACAAUUAGUGGUUAGGGGAUAAAGGACUUGCCAAACAGUAAACACCAUUGUCAACAUCAAUUGGAUGUUAAGCAGUAACCAUAGUUUUUUAUUCACCCACAAUCACAUGGUAUCUUUUAUGUGGCAAAAAGUUCCAUUAUCCAUUAUUUUGAAUUCCUUUCCAAAACAAUACUUGCCACUGUUAUUCACAUCUAUGUUAUUUGUACUUUUCUACAACGAUACCAUCUUGAAGGUCAUAUGUGUAUGUUGAGUGUUUUAAUUCAGAAUGAAGUGCCUUGAUGAUAUUUACAAUUUAUUUAUUGGUGCUGCAAUCAUAAUAUGCCAUUUACCGGUAUGUCUUUUCACCAAUAAUUACCUUUCAAUAUUGCUGGGCUUUCUGUGGAAGAUUUUAGUUGCAAUAGUAUUCCAUGUUACAGAAUUUGAUUUGUUUUGCUAUUAUUGUCUACUGGUAAGUAAGUGCAUAUAUUUGUUUACUGUUAUUUGUAUACAAGUUUAAUACUGAUGGAAAUCGCAGUCACAUUUUUAUAUGCUCCUCAGACUUAUGAUAAAUAAAUUUGAUUUUAUGUAUUUAUGUUUUAUACUAGUUCGAUUUGAUUUUGAAAUGUCAUGGUUCAUACUAUAAGAUAGAAAGGUUUGUAGAGGGACCGUUCUCCGUCCUGGAGAAUCAUUCUGAAUUAGUGGUCAAAACUGCUAAUUGAUCCUAGUCCAUGCUUUUAACCUCUGCAAAUUCCUUCUUUUUUUUUUUUUACUUCUUCUCCUUCUGUUAGUUUUUCCUUCAUCAAUUAGACAUUUCUACUCACCAUUCCCACUAUUUUAUCAUGUGGCUCAUGAUUAAGGGUUAGCUUCAAUUAUUUUGUCAAAAUGCAGAUGGUGCAUAUAGAUUUUUUUGCUCACUUCUUUGUACUGCAAUAUGACUGAAAUUGUGUAUACAGUCUAUAUGUGAUGAUAGAAUUUAUUAUCCUUUGAAAUAAUGAUUUUAAAUAAAAAGGUUAUGAUGACA